ACUCAUAAUUAUAAAUGAUGUUAGUUUAGUCUUGUGAGAGGAUUAAAAUUCUUACAAUAGCUCCUUUUGAUCCUGUGGAGAAGUAGUUACUUGCCUGGCUUAGCUCCAUAAUGGCAGAUUCUUGGCAGCAGAUAUCACAGCUGCAACAAGUAAUGCAACAGCCUCUCCAGAUAAUACAACAACAGAGGCUGCAGCUGCAGCAGCUCGAACAAGAACUGCCACAACAAACGCUGCUGCAGUUACAACAGAUGCAGCAGCAACUACAAGAGAUGCAGCAGCUAAAACAAAAACUUCUACAACAAGAGCUGCAGCAACUAGAACAAAAACUGGACCAACGAGAGCUGCAGCCGUUGCAACAAUUGCAGAAGCAACAACUAGAGUACAAGCUGUUACAAAAGUUCAAGCAGGAAGAAGAGCUGCAGCAGCUAGAAGACAAAUUGCAACAAAUAAUGCUGCAGCAAAUACAACAGAUGCAGCAGCAACAACAAGAGAUGCAGCAGCUACAACAAAUACUGCAUCAAAAAAUGCUGGUGAAUUCACAACAACAGGAGCAAAUACAACAGGAAUUCCAAGACCGUUCUCGUUAUCGUCAAGCGAUGCAGUCAAGUGCCGUGCAGCAACAGAACUGGCGAGACAACAGCCCCUAUCCCAAAGAAAG